AUGGGCUCAUUGUCCGACUCGUCUGCCUUGAAAGAGAGUUCGAGAGACUCUCUGUUCUCCGGGCUUUCCCCAACUCCCAUCGACGAACCAUUUGCAGUGAAUGGAGCCUACAUCCAAGAUACCUACCCUGACAAGGUUAAUCUAGGUAUCGGAGUUUACCGUACCGCAGAAGGAUCACCAUGGCCAUUGCGAGUGGUUGAGGAGGCCGAAAAACGACUUCAUCAAGCAAGUGAUGUGAGCCGACACGAGUACCUCACUAUACAAGGUGAUAGAGAAUUCCUUCGACUGGCAUCCGAUCUUGUGCUUGGGUGUGAGGAAGAGGAAAACAAAAGUCGAGUUAUUUCCAUCCAGACCGUCUCGGGCACAGGUGCGAACAGACUCGGAGCGGAGCUGCUGGCUCGGAAUAUACGACCAGGAUGUGUGUGGGUUCCCGAUCCCACUUGGGCAAAUCACCAUACCAUCUGGGAGCUGGCUGGGGUCCAACGGAAGGACUAUCCUUACUAUAAUAGCGCAACCAAGUCGUUUGAUUUUGAAGGAACCUUUCGGACACUCUCAGAGUCUGCCUGCAAGAACGACGUUGUGGUCCUUCAUGCGUGCGCCCACAAUCCUACUGGUGCGGACCCGACUAAAGAACAAUGGAAAAUGAUUGCUGAACUAUGCAAGACGAAGGGUCUGAUACCUUUCUUCGAUCUUGCCUAUCAAGGGUUUGCAUCUGGAAAUCUUGAGCAAGAUGCAUGGGCUAUCCGUCAUUUCUUCAACUGCAGCCCUUAUCUGGAAUUCUGUGUAGCGCAGUCUUUCUCAAAGAACUUUGGGCUCUACGGACAGCGAGUUGGGGCAUUACAUGUUGUGACUUCCACUACCAGCGUUGAGGUCUCUCAGAAACUGCUCGCCAACCUUUGCCAUCUCGUUCGUGGAGAAUAUUCCAUGGCGCCUAGAGGUGGCUCGGAAAUAGUACGAACUGUUUUGGGAAAUAAAAUUCUUAAGAACAAGUGGUUCGAGGAUCUCGUGACGAUGAGUGAAAGAAUUCGACAGAUGAGACAGGCUCUAUUUGAUGAGUUGACCAGGCUGCAAACCCCUGGUGAUUGGUCUCAUAUAUUGAAACAGAUUGGUAUGUUUACAUACGUUGGAUUGUCGGAAGAACAAGUUCUUGAAAUCAGAUCAAGACAUCAUAUUUACAUGCUGAGAUCCGGUCGCAUAUCAAUCUCGGGUUUAAAUGAUGAUAACUUAAAGUACGUUGCGAAGGGUAUAGAUGAUGUUGUUCGUCUGGUGAACUGA